AUCCUCUGCACGCUACCCCCGACAUGCAACCCCCCGAACCGGCCGACGGCGCUCGCUGGGACACACGAACUCGAGUCGCACUAUGCGAUGUACCACGCGCAUGUGUGCGAGCAGAAGGGGUGCGGGUGCGUGUUCCCCGAUGCGUGGCUGCUGGAGUUGCACCAAACAGAGUGCCAUGACCCGCUUGCUGCGGUACGCCAGGAACGCGGGGAGAAGAUCGUG